AUGGCUUAUUUAUCUGCCAACUUAAAUUCAGUUUCAGUCCUCAACGGUAUAAAUUUUAAGGACUGGAAAGAGAACAUAGAGAUAGUUAUUAGCUGCAUGAAUCUCGACCUCACAUUAACGAUUGAGAAACCUCUUUCUCUUAAGGACUCAAGUACUUGUGAUGAGCGGACAAAAUAUGAGAAGUGGGAUCACUCAAAUCGCAUGAGUUUGAUGAUCAUUAAGCGCGACAUUCCAGAGGUCUAUAGAGGUACUAUAUCUGAGGAAAUUACAAGUGCUAUAGAUUUCCUUGAUAAGAUUGAAAAACGUUUUGUGAAAAGCGAAAAGGUAGAAGCAAGUGCACUUCUUCAAAGCUUGGUUUCCAUGAGGUAUUAA